CUUCUCUCUGCUGCAAGACUGAAAACAUAACCUAAUUUUCUGGCAGCUGUGAAGAACUAUGUGAUAAUAACAGCACAGGUUCUUAUUAAUUAUCAAUUUCUCAAUUAUGAAAAAGUCAUACGAGUCGAACACGUAAGUAUUCGACAAUCGGCGCCCUGCCAGAAAAUGUUUUCAAGUCUUGCAGUUGGCAAUAUUUAAUUUGGCCGUCAAAGUUAAGACUGGCCCAAGAUAUCUAACCUCCUCUAUUCUUAAAAAGAAACGAAAACUAGGAAGAGAUACUAUAGUAUACGUUACGUGUAUACGUAAUGUAUUCCCGACUCUUGUUGAAUCUUUGCGAACGAUUUUUAUAUCGUACUUCGAACAGCGUUAGUUAUUCGAACAUUAAAACAAUAAGUCAUGUUGCGAAUAAAAAUGAGGAGAAGCAAAAAGUGGAAAUUGUCUCCACGAAAUUCCCCGAUUAUGAAGUGAUCUAUACAUUUCCUUUUAUCAAGCAAGUUUGUGGUCUAAAUAUUGUAAAAUACCGAUUUACUAUAUUUGUUGGAGUAGCUACACCAAUGAUCAUUGGACUUCACUUGGCUAGCAUCUUGUCCUUUGACACAACUAUUGUGUCAAUAGCAGCUGAAGUUCUAACAAUAAUGUGGCUGCAUUCUCUUGGAAUUUUAUGCAACAAUCUCGUAGGAUAUGUAUAUUUGAAAUUGGAUGAAAAAAAAGUGAUAUUAUCUUAUAUAGACUAUUGGGGAAAGAGGAUAGACUUGAAAGUUUCUUUCAAUGAAAUUUAUCCCAUGUCAGAUAACCCGAUCAGUUUCACUGAUCCUUUAUACAAAAAAAUAAUACUGACUUCACAAACAGAGAUCUUAAAAAUAAAUAUGAAGAUGGGACGAAUAAUCGAUAUUGACAAAUUUAAAUGUAUUCUGGGAAUGGUUUAA